GCUGUUUACUUCCCCACAUGCAGACUGCUCCUGAACAUGUAGUUCAUGUGACUUAAAUUAUAUAUAAUCUGUGUUUUUUCACUGAUUUAUUUUCAUAUUUUCUGUAGCCGACACUUGAACUGAUGGCCGACAUCUUACAUCCGGGGAAUGAAGGAGAUCUACAGGCUCAAAUCGAAGAGGUCGAGGCUCUGUCUUCCAUCUACGGGGACGAAUGGUGCGUUAUAGACGAAGCAUCCAGAAUAUUUUGCAUCAAAAUAUCCGACGACUUGGAUGAGCCAAAACUGACAGCAUGUUUGCAGAUAAUUCUCCCACCUGAUUACCCGAGCGCCGCCCCGCCCAUCUACCAGAUUAAUGCCGCGUGGUUGCGAGGCCCCGAGAGGACCAAAUUGGCAAACAGCCUGGAAGACCUCUAUGUGGAGCAUGUGGGGGAGAGCAUCCUCUAUCUGUGGGUGGAGAAAAUUAGAGAGUUCCUCGUGGAGAAAUCCCAGAGCGCAGACACAGUGGAUCACCAAGAGAAGGUGAACAUGACAGCUGAGGAAGAAGUGGAUGAUGAUGACGAUGAUGACAUACCAGACUUCAGGACUCUCAGGCUGAACACAGAGAAUGCACAUCUGUUCAUGGAUCAUAAAAACGAUGAAGAGCUACCUCCCAUAAAACAUGGAAAUACCAUCACAGACCGACGCAGUACCUUCCAGCCUCACUUAGCACCUGUGGUGACUCCCCGACAGGUUAAAAUGGUCCUGGAGAAGCUGUGUGAGAACAAGAAGAUUGCGAGUGCCACUCAUAACAUUUAUGCAUACAGGAUUUACUGCGAGGACAAGCACAGCUUUCUGCAGGACUGCGAAGACGACGGCGAGACGGCCGCAGGGGGGAGAAUGCUCCAUUUACUGCAGAUCCUGGACGUGCGUAAUGUCAUGGUGGUCGUGUCUCGAUGGUACGGAGGUAUUUUGUUGGGUCCCGACCGCUUCAAACACAUCAACAACUGUGCGAGAAACAUCCUGGUGGAGGAAGGAUACACUGCCUCCACGGAUGAGGCCACCAAAUCUGGAGCGAAGGCCAAAAGGACAAAGAUCAAGAAGACGAAAUGAAUUUCUGAAGAGAGAAAGACUUUUAUUCAAACACAUUUUCAGAGUGUUGUGAUUCAGGUGUGUCAUAAAGGUCUAGUGUGUCGGAUUUAUGGGGCUAUGUUGGCAAAAAUUGAAUACGAGUAUGUUUUCUUAAGUGUCACCUGGAAAAAAAGAAUUGUGUUCUUGUAUCUUAAAAUCAGCCAUCAUAGCUAGAAGCCCCUCCACAACGAGAGCAUCAGAAAAACAACAAUUUUUAAUGUGAAAGUGAUUUAUUCAGCGUUUUUAAGGGUUCAAAUCACCAAGUCUGUUUGUUUUGGAGACGAAGAGACCUCCGGUAAAAACCUCCUGAACGUCUGGUUCUGAAAAAAGGUGAGAGCACAUCAGCAGUUGCUAGGCUAGCGGCCAGUCUCUGACAUGCCAAACAGCAGUAGAGAAACACUGAUUUGUAAUGUGAUACUACUUCAUUCAGCAUCACCUGGUCCGUUUAUUUUGGGGAGGAAGAGACCUCUGUGGAUAAUUUGUCUUCUGGUAAAAACCUCCUGAACGAGUGCACAUUAGCAGUUGCUAGGCUAGAAUUGUUGUAGCAUAGACAAGACUUAAAAUAAGAGAGGCUCAGACAUGGAGUUGCACAUUUGAGGGUUUACUCGCGAGAAAGCCAAAGAAUUAGUACAUCAUGACAAUGUAUAGUGUCUGACAAACAUGCAGUUUAAGUUGACACACCUACAGCUCUCCAAUACACAUUAAAAGCUGCUUCCUGUCACUUAAGCAACGGUUUUCCUGUUAUUCAGACAACCGGCUCGGAGAACAAUUGCUUCUCCUCACAUAACCAAGUUUGGCCAGAAUCAAGUCACAUCAGGAUAACAAUAGUCUAUAUCCAGUCACGCACACCUUAUAUUACAGGAUAAGAGUUUACGCUAGGUCAUUUACAGUACAGCAUCCUGUCUCAGACAUGCCAAACAGUGUUGGAGAAACACUGAUCUGUAACAUGAAAAUGCUUUAUCCAGUGUUUUUACCAGUUUUUAAUCACCUGGUCUGUUUGUUUUGGGGAGGAAUAGACCGCUGCGGAUAAGUCGGCUCCUGGUAAAAACCUCCUGAACAAAGAACACUGAGGGAAUUUCAACCAGGAGAAGUUUCAGCUGGUUGCAAUAUGCAGUCAUCACCACUAGAUGCCACUAAAUACCCCUAAAUCUUACACACUUUUCCUUUAAUAACAACAACAACCAGGGAUUUCUUGCAACUAGAAAUAAUUGACUGAAAAUUAUGACGGACUUUAUAUUGCACCGUUUUGUGUGAGGAGUCUUGAAAUGAAAUGUUUACAGUACAUAUUUUCAUUAAAACAAACAUGAGAUUUGUACUAAAAAUCCUAGUGUGAUCAGUCUCCAUUUUAUAAGACAGCCACAUCAUUACAAGCUUCAAUGGAGGAUUUUGUUCAGGAGAAGGCAUCUUUAUUCCAUCAUUCAUUUUAAAUCAUAAUGUUCCAUUCCGUCCUGAUGUAAAUGUGUGAAUACUUGUCCUUGUACGUGUUAAUUCAGCUUUCAGACGAACCGGCAUGUGAAUGAAAUUCAUACACAAUUCAUUCAGCGUUUCUAAGAAAUAUGAUCACGGCUCAGCAAAAUGAAGUUCACUGAGUUUUAUUGACGCUCUCAUACUCAUACACACAUAAUUCACAUGCCUGUUGUCCUCAGUGCAUUGCACAUCCAGUUGAAGCCUGCUAAAUAUUCAACUUUUCACAGUAGUGUGUUCUACUGAAGCUUUUACCCCACAUCGGCUCCUGUGGGAUUUUGCUUCACCUCUCCAUUUUGGUGUCACUUGAUCCCUGGAAAGACACAUUCUGCAUAUUAACCACUCCAGGGUUGGCUUUUGGCAGCAGAGGGCUACUUUCUAAAAAUAUCCAGGGCUCGUACCUGGCAGUGUUUUCACCACUAUUACUUGACUGUUGUGACAAAGAAUAAAAGUCUUUUAUCUCUGUGUUUAGUUAUCUUGAGGGAAUAAAACCAAUAAGUACAUCUCAUUGGAGUGAGAACACAAAUGACUAACAACAGGCUGAGAUUCCUGAAAUUACUCCAUGUCUGUGUACAAAGCUGCCUGCGCAUUCUAGCCAUUGAGAAUAAUUACAGCUAAUUCACUUAAUAGAGCUGUUUCUCCCUGACAAGCUGUCAUGCCAAACCCAUCAUCUCAGCCCUUAAUUAUGUUUUUUAGAGGCUUGUGAGGAACUCAUGAAGCUAAAAUAAUACGCAGGGCUGAGAAUAAUGAGCUUACUUCAAUUUAAAAUUUAAUCCAUACAGGAGAAUAUUGGAGAGCCGAAGACUUUGAUUGUUGCAGCAAAAUCAAAUAAUGUACAUUUCCUUUCAAAGUACGCAAGUAUGGAAACCAGGAGUGUUCAGUUAAUGAGGAAAAUAAUAAAAUGCAUGAAUACA